AUGGCAUCAUCAGCAGCAAGCGGAGAUGCCGCUGCAAUAGCAAAAGAAAUAAAGGCACAGUUAAAACAAGCUCGAGAACUUAUUACUCAAAAAGAUCAUACUGCAGCAUUGAAAUUAUGUGAAGCAAUUGUUAAAAAAGAUAAAACUUGUUAUAUAGCUUGGAAUAUGAUUGCUGCAUGUGCACAAGAAUUAAAACAAUAUAAUCAAGCUCAAUAUGCUUUAAAUAAAGCAAUUGAACUUGAUGAAAAUCAACCUAUUGCUUAUCAAGGUUUAAUACAAUUAAAUGAACGUUCUCCAGGUUUUCUUAAUGAAAGUGAUAUUACUAGUGCAUUUCGAAAAUUAUGUUCACUUACUCGUGCAACUGAUCCCGUAAAAUUCUUCGAUCAUGCAAAAAAAUAUAUUGAAUAUUUGAAAAAACAAAUUAAUGUACAAUCAAUAACUACAAAUGAACAAAAUAAUCCUACUCGAAUACAAUUAAUUGAACUUUGUAAAGAUAUUGUUGAAGAAAAACGUCUAGAAUUAAGUCAAGAAGAUGAGCGAUCCUAUCGAUUAUUAUCAAUUGAUACAUUUGCACCGAUCAAAACAAUUCCAACAAAUUUAAAUGAAUUUUUAAGUAGUAACUAUUUCUGGCUUUCACAAAGUAGUUCAGAUAGUGAUGAGCGUUUAAAAUAUUACGAAAAAUAUAUUCGUUCAAUUUGUCAAAUCGGCCGUUCAAGUUCAGAUAUAGUUGAAUAUUGUAAUGAAUGUUUAGCAUUAUUUCCAAAUUCAACAAUCGCUCAAAAUACAUUAAUUAUUAUUUUACUUGAAUCAUUAUUACCACAAAUAUAUGAUUCAUUAGCACCUGUAGGAAAAUUAACAGAUGCAUUAAAUCGUAUUCGUUCAAAUGAAAAUAAUCAAAUAUCAAUACCAUCAAUAUGCGGCAAAGCUUUUUUUUCAAUUCGAAAUGGAAAUUAUUCAUCCGCACUUGAGCUAUUAAUUAAUAUUGAUCAAGAAGAUGAUGCUUAUCAUUUGGUAUUAAUACUUAAAAUGGUUUGUUAUGCUCAUUUACAUCUUAUUAAUGAGACGAUAAAUAUAACUUCUAUUGUACGAACAAAAUUAAUAAAUUUUAUUGUAAAAGAUGUUGUAUCAUCAACCGAAGCAUUAAUCGAUCUUUGUUUAGCUAUGGUUACUUAUGAUCAAGGUCGAUAUGAAAAAUCUAUUCAAUUAUUUGAAAAAAUUCGUAAUACAACAAAUAAAUAUCAUAACCGAGCUCUCUAUGGUCAAUUUAAUGCUUAUCUAAGCUUAAAUAAACCAAUUGAUGCUCGUACAUGUUAUGAAACAUUACAAGAUCAUUUAGAACCAAGUGAAGAAUUAUCCUGUCGUCUUCAAUUAAAAUUAAUCGAAGAACAACAUCCCGCUGAUCUUCUUAAAACUGUACAAUCUGCAUUACAAGAAGCUAAUAAUAAUGAAGAAUUAUUUGAAUUAACUGUUCAAGGAUGGUUAGCAGUUGGUCGAGCUUAUUUAUCUAUACAACGUUCAAAUGAUAUUUUUGAUAAAGAUCAAUGCAAAUAUGCCUUUGAUAAAGCGAUUGAACUUGAUGAAUAUUUUUGGGAAAGUUAUGCAUGUCUAAGUCGAUAUUAUAAUGAAAUUGAACAAUGUUUACCAAAAGCAUUAGCUUAUUCAAAACGUGCUUUUGAUUUGAAUGAAAAUAUUGAAAGUGUACAAAUAAAUUAUGUUGAUAAUCUUCUUCAAGCUGAACAAAUUUCGGAUGCAUUAGACAUACUUGAACGUAUACUUGCUAUGGAUAAUACGAAAACAUGGGCACAUUUUCGUUUUGGACUUGUAUCACUUCGAUUAAAUAAUGUUCAUAAUGCUGUUAAAGCAUUACAAAUUGUUUCUCGACGUUCAAUGGCUUCUGGUGCUAGUUGGUCGGCAUUAGGUGAUGCACAUUUACAUUCAAAUAAUUUAAAAACAGCAUUCAAUUGUUAUAAUAAAGCAACGACUCUAGAAAGUGAAACACUUUAUUCAUUAACAAGACAAGCAUUUGUUUUGACAUUACUUGGACGUUAUAAUGAUGCAAUUACUUUAUUUGAUAAAGUCAUUAAUCAAUCACCGAAAUAUCUUUUAGCACGAAAAGGCAAAGGUGAAGCUCAUUUAUAUCUCGCUGUUCAACAAGUAGGACGUUAUAAAGAUGAAAUAGCAGUUUCUCAUAUUCAACAAUCACUUAUAGCAUUUCAUGAUGCUUUAUGUUUACAAUCAAAUUAUGCAUGUUUAUGGAAAAAAUAUGGAGAUGCAUGUAUGCUUCUUCAUCCGAUCAAUGAUGAUUUAAUUAAUAUACGAUUACCAUCAUUCACAGAAAAAUUUGAUGAAAAUAAAAUCAAAGAUGGUGAUGGUUAUAUUCGUUUAAAAAAACUUGAUCUUCUUCAACGUGCACAAAAAUGUUUUAUGCAAGCAAUUCGUUUAAAAUCACGUUCAUCAGUUUAUUGGUCUUGUCUCGCUCAAUGUGUUUAUAUUCAAGCUCGUUAUCAUUCAAAUGAUGAACGUAUGCUAUUAUUAGCAUUUGACUAUAUGAAAGUUGCGCUUUCAUUAAAACCAACGAAUUAUUUACUUUGGAAUGCACUUGGAGUAAUUGCAGCACAUCCAGUUGUAAAUGAAUCUGGUUUUGCUCAACAUUGUUUUUUUAAAUCUCUUCAAUUACAACGAUCAGCUGUUGCAUAUACGAAUCUUGGUUUUCUCUAUUAUCGACAUGAAAAUAUUAAUUUAUCAAAUAAAGCAUUUUCAAAUGCACAACAAACUGAUCCAAUGUAUUCACUAGCUUGGAUUGGACAAGCACUUAUAGCUGAGAAAAUCGAUUAUAAUGAAUCAAUUGAUCUCUAUCGUCAUUGUAUUGAUCUUUCUAAUCAUUCACAAGGUUUAUAUGGUUAUGGAAAAGCAAUUACUAAUCUUCUGAUGAAUCCAAAGAAUAAAUCAACGAAUGCAUAUCGAUAUUCAGUUGAUUAUUUAAAUGGAAAUCAACGAUCAUCGGAUGCAUUAACAAAAUAUAUUCAACGAAAUCCAAAUGAUGCAAAUGCUUUGCAAUGUUUGGGUAUUAUUCAUGAAUUUAAUCAUCGUUUUGUUCAAGCUGCUACUGCUUAUCAACUUUCAUUUUCUAAAAUCAAUCAACAAAAUGAAUUAUCGAAAAGAUUACAAAAUGAUUAUGCACGUGUUAAAUGUCGAAGUGGACAUGCACAAAUCGAUGCAUUUGUUUCACAAGGAAUUAAAUUAACAUUACUUGAUCUUCUUUGGUUAUCAAUUGCUUAUGGAAAAAUAAAUAAACGAAUGGAUGCUAUUGAAUUUUUAAAACGAGCAAUUGAUGAUUCAACAACAACAGAUGAAGAUCGAUCAAUAUUAUUAACUUUUCUUGGACUUUAUCAACGAGAAAUCGAUCCACAAACAGCAAUUAAACAUCUUUUCAAAAGUUAUCAAACUAAACCUGUUUGUUCAAGUGCUAUAACUGCACUUUGUGCAAUGGGAAUGAUAAUAUCAGAUACUCGAAUAACAUCCGCUGCUUUAAAAGAAAUGCCAAAAUUAACAGAUUCAAAUUAUACAAUGAAUAUACAUUUAUUAACAUGUUUAUCAAUGUUUUUAACUAAUAAAACUCGUGAAGUAUAUAGUUAUUCAAUGAAUGCUGUUCAUAAUUAUCCAUGGUUAACAUGGACAUGGAUAUUAGCCGUAAUGGCACGUAUUCAAAUAGGAAAUCAAUUAGGUGUAUUAGAAAUCAUUGAAAGAAUUUAUCGUUCAAAUUUUUCAACAAUCGAUGAAAAAAUGACAAUCCUCGUUGCGAAAGUAUUACAUCGAGUAUCAUCGGAACGUAAUGAACGUAUUUUACAUAUCUUUCAAAUGUUAAUUAUGCAUCAACCAACUCUACUUGAUCUACGUAUUUCAUUUGCGCAAUAUAUUCAAUCAUUUGAUCAAUCAUUUGGACAAACAAUACUUCCUAAGAAUAUUUUAUUGUGA